AUGGCUAGCCGCUGUGUUGUACUCAAAAACAUGUACAACGUGGAAGAACUGGAGGAACCUGAUUGGAAGACCGACCUGACCGAAGAGGUGGGAGAAGAGUGCAAGACGGCUUAUGGCGGCGCCUUCCUCCACUUCGAAUUGGAUUCGCCGCAGCUGGACUUCACCUUCAGCCUUGCAAGCAAGCAGAGCUCGAAUCAUUCCACAUCUUCCAACAAGGUCAACCAGGAUACCAGAAGCAACGCAAUGGCCGCGUUGGCGAGGAGUGUCUGCAAAACAUCACGCCCAAACCUACCUCGUUCCUCCUGUCACGCUCCUCUAAGCACCUACAUCCUUCGCCCAACCCAGCAGCCAGCGGCACCAGAAGACAACACCACGGCCCCCAGCUUCGACAGCAUCACUAAGACUCACAUCAUACUAAGUGAGGACGCACCCCCCCUCUUCGGAGGCUUGCUGAACCCACCCGCCAUCCGUCUUGUCAACCAAACCGGUAGAUCUGCCGGCUGCAGCACUAUCGGCACUUAUGGUGGUGAUUGCCUUACAGCCGCCCAUUCCGCCUUGCACGACACCUGGACGAGGACGCAGCCUCCACGCAGCCCCUUCCGAGGACCACUGUGGAGGCAUGCUGAGCCCAAGUCGCCCACCAUCAGCGAGCCAAUCUGCUGUAGAGAGAAGCUGGGUGCAGCUUUCGACAGCCCUGGUGGUGGGUUGGGUGGCGAAAUCGGACUCUGCGACCUCCGCGUCGGUGCCACCUGGUAA